UCACUCAGCUCAUUCUGAAAUGGAAUGAGAGAGAAGGCAGAGGAAGAUGUAUCCAUCUAUUAGCAGUCAAGGGGCAAUUGAAAAGAGCCCCAGUCUUUAUAGAGAGAUAUGCAUAGGGCUGAUGACAGUAGAAGAGGGGGGAAAACCAUCUUAAACUCCAAAUCAGGACAGAAGACACCACAGCCAGCACUAUCUUAUGGCUCUGGGAACUUCCGCUGUAAAAAAUGUCAGACCCAGGAACAGGGCUUCUUAUAUGAGCUGCUGAAGACUAGAUAAAGGGCCAUGUUUAUAAAUACAAAUUACAUUGUGCAAACACUAUGCAAACAAGGCUUCUUGGGAAAGGUCCAAAAGUCAGAUUCCAGAGAUGAAAGUCUUUUCUGGUUUUUGACGAUGCCUUUAAGAUACUCUGAGUUCCUUGUGUGAAGUGGGGUGGGAGCAGGAGUGAGUUGUCUCCAUAGCUUGCUUAUUUAUUGUUGCACAGUAGCACUGUGAACUGUGACAUAAAAUCCAGACGAGGGAGGGAAGCAAUUCCUCUGAUAUUGAGCAGCAAACACUUCCUGGAAUGAGGCUGCAGGAAGCGUGCUUGGUUUAUAAUCCAGCACGGGAACACUCCACACAGAGCCUAGGAGUCAAAUUAAAAGACCCAACUUGCUCUCCAGAAGCCAGUUAAUUGUGCCUGCGGGUUCCACACCAGAAGCAGAAAGGGAAGCCUCUGUUGAAAAUUAAAUUCUUGGCCAAGAGAAUAGUAAGGGAGAAGUUGGCUGUGGCCAGGCUGCAGAGAGAAGUUGCCCAAAGGACAAACCAAGGGGCCAUGCAUGAGAAGCUGAUCCAUGAGUUGGAGGAAGAGCGACACUUGCGGCUACAGAGCGAGGAGCGGCUGCGGGAGGUGACCCUGGAGUCAGAGCGCACCAGGCUCCAGAUGCGCGGCCUGCAGCAGCAGUUUUCCAGAAUGGAGGAAACUGUCCGAAGUCUGCUGCAGAGCCACGGGUCUCCAGAGCAGAAAAGGGAAGAGCCUGCCAAGAUUACGGCCUGCCAGGAAAGAGUAUCUGGAGAAGAGAGGAAACAGCAAGAAGCGCUGGGUGACCUCCAUACGGCGGUAGGUGAAGACUCAGUAAGUGGAGACAGCAGUGCCGAGGAGGGGAAAGAAAACACCAGACUGCUCUUAAAGAGACUGAAGGCUCUGGAGGCAGAGAAUUCAGCCCUGGUACUGGAAAAUGAGAAUCAAAGAGAACAGUAUGAGAGAUGUCUUGAUGAGGUAGCCAACCAAGUCGUGCGAGCUCUACUCACUCAAAAGGAUCUGAGGGAGGAGUGUGUAAAGUUGAAAACAAGAGUGUUUGAUUUGGAACAGCAGAACCGAGCGCUCAGCAUCCUGUUCCAACAGCGAGUCAGGCCAGCAUCUGAUGUGCUCCUCCAGGAACACCUCCAGAAUACAAAAUCAGGAAGUCCAGUCUUGAAACACUCUGGCCCGGGGGUUGUCAUCCCUGAUCAUCUCUGUCCUCGAAACAGCUGCAGCAGCAGCAGCGAGCUAUCACUGUCAAGCACCUGCAGCGAGUACUCCAGUGGCUCCUCCUACACGUGGCAAGACAGGAAGCUCACUGGGAAAAGGCAAUCUUCACAGAACUGGGAUAAAAGACAGAGUAUUGAUUCUUCACUCCCAAGUGGCUUCGCCAGCCCUGCAGAUGAACUACCUCCAACCCGUAUCAAAGAAAGCCACAUUUUGGAAGGGCUGAGGAAGCUACAGAAGAGGAAGGUGUUACUUGAACCACCAUCUGUGAUAACCAAAUGGGGUUAUAAAGAUUGCAUGAACUCAAAUGAAGGGAUCUAUUCUCCAGGAAUUAAAAACAGCAGCCUCAAGGAGUACCCUCCCUGCAAAGCACCUGGCAUCGGGAUCUCUUGCAAGGAUCUCCAUCAAACCUUCAUCUAUGAUACAAAUUCUCACGAGGAUGCACAUGGAGAUUUCCCAUCUGCAGCCUUGCCACUAGCAGCGUCUAGCCAGGGCUGCAGGGUUCAGGGCAGCAAAUUAACCCACAGUGUUUCAGACAGUCUAUUUAGCUGGGAGCCACGUGGAAAAUACUUUUCAGAAGGCACAGCCUCGGUUUAUACCAGGGAAAUGCCUGAAAGGCUAGCUCGUUGUGCUAGCCACUGUCCCUUGGAGAGGAAACUAUGCCCCAGCAUGCACCUUCCCUGGAUACAAAGGGACAGGGACCCACACAGCCAAGGUCAUGGGCACGUGGCUCUGAACCUUCAGCUUUCAGAUACUGAUGACAACGAAGCCCUGAAUGAGCUGCACAUAGAGAGCAGCAAUGAGCGAAGCCCUUCAGACCUGUCAGUGACCGGAGACACAGACAAGUCCAUGGAGAACCUAGAUGUGGGAUUUGGGAAGUCUGACUGUGACUCUCGUGAUGUGGGCAAAGAGGAGUGUCCCUCCCACUUAGAGACAAGGCCAAAGACAUUCAGUUUCAUCAAGCAGCAAAGGGUUGUCAAGAGGACCGCUUCCGAAGAAUGCGUCACAGUCAUAUUUGAUGCAGAAAAUGGAGAGCCUGUUGAAUUCAGCUCUCACCAGACUGGAGUUGUCACUGUGACCAGGGAUGAAAUUUCCAUCAACCCAGACCCUGCUAGGCCCUCAGAGGAACUCACUGAACUUUCACCUCAGGGACUUACUCAUUUGCAGCCGGGAGCUACUGCAGGAGACUAUCCUUUUCUGAAGAAACCUGAAGAGGAGACAGAGAAAAACAUUCCAAAAGAUGAGAACAGUAUUCCCACAGCUCUGAAUGACUCCUUCAGCUCUCGGACUAUAGUAACUCAGAAUUCCCAACGACCAAAACUCGCCAAACCAGCACAAGGUGUAGCCUGGCAGAGUAAUUCUAGACCUAUGGCAAACACGGGUGUCUAUGCAAAGCAAAGUCUGACAAAAAUUCCUUCUAGAGGCAAGUCUUCACCUCAUAAAGCAAAACUGGUGGAGCCUGUGCCUGCCACGCUAGUCUCCUCUGGUGGCCUAGUAACUCUUGAAAAGACGGCAGGGUCUCCUCCGGGAAAACUCCCACAGUGCAUAAAGACAGGCAGCCCUGGCUCUCUCUGUGACACACUGCCAGAAUCACACAUUCCAAAGCACCCUCUCCAGCCUUCUCACAUCCCCAAAAGUUCCAAUAAGAAGAACUGGGUUCAGUGUCCCAAGAGUCAGGGUACCAGCAUCCAGUCACGGCAUCUCAUGGGGAUUGGUGACAGUGGCGAAUCUGCCAUGAGGGCCAAACGCUGUGGCUCUGGACCAGAGACAAGAGUGAGAUCUCCCUCUCCCCCACCCCCUCCAGGGAGAUCAGUCUCUCUCCUGGUCAGACCCAGUUAUGACUAUCUACCACUGCCAUCGCCUGCCAAACCGGAAACUAGGGUCCCUGGUGACACUGUAAUUAUGGGGUUGACAUCUCCACCACUGAAAGGAUGCUCUGCUCCUGUCAUCUCUUCCAGUCCAGCUAUGUCAGAAAUACAGAAGAAGAAACCAUCUAUGGUCUGCAAAAAGCCAGCCUUCCCUCCAGCCCUGUCACCCACCGAAGCAGUGGUACAUAGCCAGUACCCUGAGCACACAGCCUCCAGCACAUUUGCUGUAAUGAUGCCAGGGCCAACAAAAGUCUCUCCAAAGAGAGGCAUCCCCAAACCUCCCCCUCACCAAGCACUUGGAACCACACACGUGGACACUGAGUUACAAGCACCCAAGACUUGUCCUUUAACUUAUGGACUGCUGGAGGUGACAUCCUCUAAAAGCCUAUCUCCAGGGAGAAAAGGACAGUUGAGUGACAGCACUACAAUACCCCACAGGCCUUCCUUCUCAGGGGCAAAUGAGUCCUUGACCCUUCAGGUUAACAGUCCCUCCUCAUCUUCCUCAUCCUGCAGAAACCAGGGCACCUCACAAGGCUCUCAAAACCCUCCCGAGAAAGGACCGAAAACUCGACUCCCAGUAGGACUCAAAGUUCUCAUGAAGUCUCCUCAGUUGCUCAGGAAAACAUCCAUGAUGCCCGGGAAACAAGAAAAGGAUAGUUUAAAUGAAGCUUCUAGAAGUUCCGUGAUGGUGAACAAGACUAAUCCUGAGGACUCCAGAGACCCAGCAAGUCUGGAGACUUCCAGAGAUGAGAGAACAACAGCUUUGCUAGCUCCUCGAGGGCUUCCCAUAGAGUCAACAUUGCCAGAGUCGCCGGAAAGUAGCACCUCCAAAGCUGAUGGGAGAGAUGGGGCAGAGAACAGAUCCAUAAAGAGGUCCUUCUCCUCCAGCAAGCCACACCUAAAGCCAGCUCUAGGCAUGAAUGGAGCCAAAGCUCGGAGCCAGAGCUUCAGCAUCCACUUGGGAGAGAAGACCUCUACACCCCCAACAGAAGGGCCAGGCAAGAUUCGAACUCAGAUCAUUACUAACACAGCUGAAAGAGGCAAUUCCCUCACCAGGCAGAACAUCUCCAUGGAAGGAUCCACAAGCAAGACGCCCUCUGUGUCAACAUCUGACCAUCUGCCGAAUGGUGGAAGGCCACUGGGACACUCCUUUUCUAGGCAGGGCUCCCUCUGUAGCACAGGAAGUUCAAACAGCCAGCACGGAAGCCCAAGCAAGUUACCUUUGAGGAUGCUUACAAGGCCAGAAGGACUCCCGAUUCCUGGAGUAGAAGACCAACAGAUACCUACCACGGAAGAAUGUCCUGGGAUAGAUGUACAUGAGCAAUCUAGCAGUGACCACCAUCGGCAUCCAUCCACCCCACCAGACUGCCCUCAAUCCCUGCUAGUCCCAGGGAGGUUACAGCAUCCAAACAAUUUGGAAACAAAUGGGAUCUCCAAGCUAGAAACUUCUGGAAGGCAUCCAGAUGCUUCUCCAACUGGGACUAGUGUUGCAAGCACAGAAGCCCCCCUCUCACCCUCCAUCGAAGAAAAGGUCAUGUUGUGCAUUCAAGAGAAUGUGGAAAAGGGCCAAGUACAGACAAAGUCUGCCUCUGUGGAAGUGAAGCCCAAGGCAGGGCCUUCAUUCACCAGCUGGUUUGGUUUUCGAAAGAGCAGACUUCCAGCUCUUAGUAGCAGGAGAGCGGAGGCUUCCAAAAGUAAAGUAGAAAAGAAAGAUACAAAACUAAAAUCAGAGAGGAAGAAAGAGAAGAAGAAAGCUGAAGUACAAUCCAAGACAGAAAAUGAUCUGAACAGGGGUCCCAAGGCGGCAGAUGGUCUGAGUCCAAACGAUGGUUUGCAAAGCACAGAUAAUCUGAAAGCAUCACCAGACAUUUAUAACCAAAUGAAGUGGGAGCCAAAAAAUAGACCCAGCCCUGCUGUGUGCUCAACAAAAGAUGCCUUCAUGACAGAACUUCUAAACAGAGUUGAUAAGAGAGCCGCUCUACAGACAGAAAGUGGAUCAAAGGGUGUUUCCUGCAGGAGCGUGUUAGAGGGCGCCUCCCAGGGCUCCUGCUUUGCCAGCGGCUCUGUCAGCACUCAAGGAAGUCAAAAGAAAAACAUCAAAACCAAAGUCGAUAUGGAAAAACCAAGAGAAUGCUUGGGAACAGAGGUCGAUGAAGACGUUCGAGAGGAUGAAGAAGAUAGAGCUGCUGAUUCUGCGCUCCAGAGCCAUGUGAUAGAAUCAAACUGCCAGAUGAGAACACUGGACAGUGGGAUUGGAACCUUCCCCCUCCCAGACUCAGGAAACCGCUCCGUGGGACGAUACCUGUGCCAGCCGGACUCCCCAGAGGACACUGAGCCCCUCGUGCCUCUCCAGCCAGCCCCUUCUGUGGCAUCCUCUGCCAGAGCCCAACCCCUUGACCAUGAAGUGCCUUCCUCCACAGACAGCCAGAGCUCCUCGGAGCCCACCAUCAUCCAUUCCACAUCUGACCCCAACAUGGGGGCCAGAGGGACGAGAGCUCCCCUGAGUGACCUUCCCAAGCCCACCCCCUCAGGAAAAACCAGUUUCCAAAAGCAGAAUGGCGCAGAGUCAAAGACCCAGGCUGGCCCAUCAUUUGAAUAUGCUGAGGACACAGUGGCAAGAGAGCCCCUUUCAGGAUGGAGGAGUGAAGAUGCUACCACCGAGACCCAGGAACUGAAACAAGUUGAAGAAACAAAAGAAGAUCCUGAGAAUAGAUUAUCUGAAAUUUCCCUGGAGUCGUUCAAUAAAUUUAACAGCAAUACUGUGAUUUUAUUAGAAAGAGAGAAGUCUCCGAGAGAGGUUGAAGGACAAAGGGAAGAGAAAGGCAAAAAGACAGAAGCAUCUUCCAGUAGCUCCGAUAGGCCUGGGGUAGACAACGUGGAGUCACUGAGUGACUCUCUGUACGAUAGCUUCUCCUCUUGUGCAAGCAGAGGUUCCAGCGAUGCCUAGAAGAGCGUCCUUCCAUGAGACUUCUGCAUAGAGCACCAGGAAAACCGAUGCUGGAGCUGGGAUGGAGAGAGGACCGACUCCAGAGGCGCUGACAGCAGCCAGCACACCAGAGUUUACUUCUCUGGCGGAUUGAUAAAGAUUGCCUCUACUUACUGUGUUUCAAGGGGAUUAAAAGUAUAAUAUGAUAGAGAAGUCUCAAUGUUUGCACUUUUUUUGAGUAUUUGUAUAAAAGCUGUAAAUUUUGGGGGGAAGAGAAAUUAUAUUUGUAGUGGGAGAACGAUAGCAAUAAAAAGGGUUGGCGCCAUGCUCUUGAAAUGAUGUAUUAAGUUUUAGAAGUUGAUAAUAUAUUUUUUAAAAACUCCAACUAAAGAUUUUGUCAACUUAACCAUCCUGGUCCUCAAGCUAUUUGUGCAUAUACUGUGUCGUUCUGAAUAGGGGGCCUGCAAAAAAAAAAAAAAAAAAAAAAAAAAAAACCAGAGAGGUUGAAGCCAUCUCUAUCUUUCAAGGUCUCCUUUAAUUGAAAUUUGAAUGGUGGUCCAACUUCCCAGUUGUCCCUAGGAAUACUCAAGUUUGUGAUUUCGGCGCUUCUGCUGAAGAAUUAAGCCUGGGCACUGAUAGGGAGGGCCGACUUGUGUGCUAAAGGGAGCAAAUCUUAGCAGACUCCACUCCCAACAUCUUCCAUCUUCUCCAUUGUAUUUCUCUCUACAAUUCCGAGUGUUUGUUAAAUUUUUUAUCUCCCUGUUUUUUUUUUAUUAAAAAUCUGGGUACUCUAUUUGUCAUAUCCACUUUAUAAAAAUAAAUGAAUGGUUGGUGCUAUGAAACUUUCUUACUUUUUAAUAUCCUUUUUUCUAUUAAAGACUGUUUAUAUGUGAGGAUAAAUUCUAUUUUAAAGGUUAUGUGUAUUUUUUUCUAGACUUGAACUAUUUAUAAUUCCUUCUGUACAGCAGCCUGCAGACCAGGCAGGGGAGAGCUAUGUUUAGGAUUUGUGCAGUUACCUUAGCACACUUGUAUCUUUAUAGAGAGUAUUGUAUGACCAGUGUUAUUUUAUUUGUGCAAUUUGUUAUAUUUGGAUUUCGUUAUCUCAAAUCCAAACUGUGUAAAGCAUCUUUGUCUUUCAGACUUUAAAAAUCCCUUUGUUUCAUUUCACUUCGGAAUAAAAGUCCCAUCACAAUGACA